AUGGAUCAAGAAAUCCCAUAAAAUUAUUAAUAGUAGUAGUGGAACUUUGGUCUCUAAAAAGUAGAAGAAGAGACUUUGAUAGCCAAUCAAGAUCAUUAUUUCUUUGAUAUGAACUUUAUGAUUUUACCAGAUAUUUUGGAUAAAAUCACAAUUAAAUUGAAAAUAAAUCAUGAAGUGAUGUCAUCUGAGUAGUAUCAACAAGAAAGGCAGAAGUUACUAUUCACAAUGUUAAAAUAUGACACUGGCUUGGAUAUUUUGAUCAAAUUACUAUAUAGGCGGGAUAUAUCACCAUUAAAUGGUUAUUACUACUUGAAAACACUUGAUGAUAUGGCUCAUAUAAUUUUUGACAUGCAGAAUUAAUUGCUUGAUUUGGCAAUCGAACAUAAUCAAUGUUAGAAGUAAAUAUCGAAUCGCAUAGUGAAACUCUUUAACUCACUUUUAAAUCGAAAAAAAAAGGAAAUCAGUAAGUUCCCUCCAUCUCCUCUUGCAUAAAAGGAUCUUGAGAAUUUGCAACAGAAAUUCAGCAGAAUCAACGACAUCAAUUGUGUAUUGAGGAACUUUGAAUUUUAUAAACAGAAUUGGAGGUGUAUUUUUGACUUUUUGACUUCACCUCAAAAUAAGCUAUUAUAGAAGGUGAUUUUGUGUAGGACAGAAAUACAAUAGAUGUUGUAGGAAGAGACUGGAAGAUAAGUAUUAAGGAUGAUGUCAGAAUUAACAAUAUAUCAAUAAGAACUAAUACUCACAUACAUUCAAUCCACUAAGGAAAUUCAAGAAGCAGAAAUCGUGAGAGGCAAAUAUGUUCAACUUUAUCAAGCCAUUUACCUAAUGGAUAGAGAUCCAAAACAAUAAUUUCCAGAUAUUGUCAAACUCAUGAUGUUAUAUUAUUUCGAAAUUGAGAAUUGGAAAUUAUUAGUAAUCGAAGAACUGAUGGAAUUGCAUUAAGAAUAGGAUGCUUAUGAGUUAUUAUUAGCAAGUAAAAUAGAUUGGAAUUGUCUAAGUAAUAGCGACAUCAUUAUUAAAUUAUUGAUUGCCUCUAAAAGAUCUUUGUAAGCAUAUGUGUAUGUCACAGAAUUAAAGGAUGAAUAAGCUCUGAGAUACUUUGUUAUACAGAUGAUCAAUUAGUAGGAUAUUUUGAAUUUAUUGCAGAUAGAGUUUACACCAGAAUAGGAUAAUGUAGUCAACGAAAUCAUUAAGAAUUUAGCAGAUAAGCAAAUCUUAAUUGAAUUUGUGAAAAAACUAUUAAGAUCAAGGAAGUACUAUCAAGCAAUAGAAUUUUAUAAGAAAUUAAGUUAGGCUCCCUUACAACUUGAUUUGAAAAGAAUUGAAGAAUUAAUUUAGAAGAGAAUUGCUCAACUUCCUGAGGUUGAAGAGAAUUACUAUUUGGCAAAGAUGAAUGGGAAAUAAUUAACAGAAGAUGAAUUAUUGAUUGAAGCCAUAUUGGAUAAUCAGGAGGGUGCAAAUGAACAAAAUCAUUAGGGAUAAAGAAUAAUCAAGUACUUUGUUGAGUAACCAAUAAUGGAUCACGAGAGAGUGAUUAAUUGCUGUGGAUGGAUUAGAGAAAACCAUUUAGGCAUAAUAUAUUGA